AGCUCGAGUCGUCUCCUUGGUCUCUGGGUAGUUACAUCCAGCGAAAAUUCAACAAAUAUCUAAACUGAAGUAGUUCGUUUAGUGACGAUUUUCUUCAGAAUAAGUGCGCGUUUUUGGUGUUUUAAGUGAAGUUAUAAAUUGUUUGAUCACAAAAAAGAAAACUAUGGCUGCAUUCAUUGAACCACAUUACAGUGCCUUAUGGCAAGGACAGGGUGGACAUGGAAACCUGACCGUCGUCGACAAAGUGCCCCUGGAAAUGCAGCAUUUGGUCGACGCGCAUUGGUACCAAUUUCCACCAAUGAAUCCGUUGUGGCAUUCGAUUCUAGGAUUCGCCAUCUUUGUAUUAGGAUGUAUUUCAAUAAUUGGCAAUGGAAUGGUAGUCUACAUAUUUACAUCGACCAAGAGCCUCCGAACUCCCUCGAAUCUGUUGGUUGUCAAUUUAGCCGUCUCUGACUUUUUGAUGAUGUUCACAAUGGCACCACCGAUGGUUAUCAAUUGCUAUUACGAAACCUGGGUGUUAGGUCCAUUGAUGUGUGAAAUAUACGGACUAUGCGGCUCAUUAUUCGGUUGUGCAUCAAUAUGGAGCAUGACAAUGAUCGCAUUUGACCGAUACAAUGUUAUUGUAAAGGGCUUGUCCGGCAAACCAUUGACGAAUGGUGGUGCAAUGCUGAGAAUUCUCUUCGUGUGGGGAUUUUCCGGAAUCUGGACCAUCUUCCCUCUAUUCGGUUGGAAUCGUUAUGUGCCAGAAGGAAAUAUGACCGCCUGCGGAACUGACUAUAUCACAAAAGAUUGGUUCAGCCGAUCCUACAUUCUCGCGUACUCGGUCGCCUGCUACUAUUCUCCAUUCUUCCUAAUCGUCUACUCGUAUUGGUUCAUUGUACAGGCUGUCGCUGCCCACGAAAAAAAUAUGCGAGAACAAGCUAAGAAAAUGAAUGUUGCCAGCUUGCGAUCAGCAGAAAAUCAGAAUACCAGUGCCGAAUGUAAAUUGGCUAAAGUUGCUCUCAUGACCAUUUCAUUGUGGUUCAUGGCAUGGACACCGUACUGCGUAAUCAACUACACUGGAAUUUUCGAAGGUGGCAACAUCACCCCAUUGUUCACAAUUUGGGGAUCCUUGUUCGCUAAAGCUAACAGUGUGUACAAUCCAAUCGUAUACGCAAUCAGCCAUCCGAAAUACAAAGCUGCUUUGUCCAAGAAAUUCCCAGCGCUAUCUUGCGCUGAUGGAGGAUCUGGUGAUAAUCAAUCAGUUGCAUCCGGCGUAACAGCAGUCUCAGAUGAGAAACAAGUAUCGGCUUAAUUAUCACGGACCUGAUCAAUCGACCUGGACAAGAAUUUUACGACGCUCUGUAAAUAAUGUUAUCAAAAGAAAAAAAUCUCCAUAUUUUGUAUGCACACCGUUCCAUCAAGACAUCGAAAAUUUUUGAAAUCUGAUGAUGUUAAAGUGCUGGAUUCGACCUUUGCACCGUGACACCGUAUCGUAACGUGAAGUGAAUCCAGAACUUUAAAGGAUUUAUUGGAAUCAAUAAAUAGUAAAAAAUAGGUAAAACUGUCCCUAUUUACAAUGUGAUUACUUUGAAGUAUUCUGUAAAUUAUUAAUAAAGUUAUACCAACAUGCA